GAUUUUAAAAAGACAUAUUCCGCAUGCAGGCGGUGACGGAAGUGUUGGAUUUGUUGUCCCGGCGUUUGGAAGGGAAGACAGAAACAGGCCUGAGUACUGUAGAGAGGUUUCUGCAGCGGCGCCCUCUCGUGUGUGUUUUCGCACGUGGAGCCUGCGGCCUCUUUAAUCCAGGGGAGGUGGGGAGAGGGGACCGGUGACGUUCCCGCGGGCUCUGGUGCCCAGGAUGCAGGUCUUGGCUAACCGUAGCCACUCUGUCCUUGUUUGGGGACAUCGGGCUCAACCAGACGAUGCGGAGGAACAGGCAGGGUUACUGCGUCGGCCGCCGAAAGGAGAAGGCGAGAGAAGGCGUCGGGAAGGGAAGGGAAAAUAACAGCCGGCCGGCUGGGGAAAGGACAGAUAGCGGACAGGGUACUUUUCUCUUUCUGUUGGACACUUCACCUCUCAAGAUGGAGAAGCAGCACAAUUUAAGCCACCUCCAAAGCCAGUCAUUAUGGAUGAGUCAAAACCAGAGACAGAACAAAGAAAAUUUCUAAGUCCUGAAUUCAUUCCUCCCCGUGGGAGAACAAAUCCAUUCAAAUACUAUCUUGAACGAAGAGACAUGGUAAAGAGGAGAAAAUCAAUUAACAUUCCGGAAUUCUAUGCUGGAAGUAUACUUUCUGUUACUGCAGCUGAUCUCUAUGCUAAUGGAAAGAACAACACUUUUGUAGGAAUUUGUAUUCAGCGCAGAGGAAGUGGACUUGGUGCAACUUUUAGACUUCGAAAUGUUAUAGAAGGACAGGGAGUUGAAAUAUGCUAUGAGCUAUAUAAUCCUCUAAUCCAGGAGAUCAAAGUUCUGAAACUGGAGAAGAGAUUGGAUGAUGAUCUGAUGUAUUUAAGAGAUGCUCUUCCAGAGUAUAGCACCGUUGAUGUUAACAUGGAGCCUGUAAAUCUUGGAACUGAGGAAGUUUAUGUCAAUAAGAUGCAGGUCAAAAUGAAACCAAAACCCUGGUCAAAACGGUGGGAACAUCCCAAGUUCAACAUCAAAGGCAUCAACUUCGAUGUUUAUCUUACAGAAAAAAACAAAGAGAAAAUUAAACAGUGGAGCAUGCCUUGGAGAGAAUUUGAUAUGAUGAAAGAAUAUGAUACAACAGAAAUUGAAAAGAAAAUAUGGGAAGAAGUGAAUGCAGAGCUGAAAAAGAAGUAAAACUAUGAAGGUUUUAUUUAGAAUGACCAUAUCUGCUAAUUUUACUUCUUUUAAUUCUUACAUCUUAAAAAAACACACUGGAAUGCAGUUUUCCAUGUCAGCUGUAUCUGUAUGCUGCAAACAAUGGCCUUUUAAAAUCUAUUCUGUAAGGGCA